AUGAGUUGGAAAGGUGUCACCAAGGCAAUCUCUCGUCUUCCCCAUCAAAUGAUGGCACGUAAAGCAGAUGCCACGGUCGAUGAGGAUUUUGUCAGACUGGAAAAAAGAUUCAACGAGCUGGUCAAGGAGAUUGACGUCUUGCGACAACAAAGUCAUGCGUUUCGUGAUGCCAUUGCAGCGCUGUUGGAGCACCAAAUGCAUUGUGCAACCACAUUGGAGGAAAUUUAUGCAAUGGCAGAAGAUCAACCAGAAGAAACGAUUCAGGCAACUCAAGACUAUGCUACUGCAAUGACUUAUUGUCGUGAUGAAAUAUUACAGCAGCUGGAUCAAUUGGAUAGUAGUGUGGUACAACCAGCUGAACAUGUCCACGCAUUGACCAAAGCCAUUCAAAAGACCAUCACAAAACGACAACACAAGUUAAUCGAUUAUGACCGCCAUCGCAUCUCAUUACAAAAAUUCAAGGCAAUCCAAGAUCGUAGUCCAUCCGAGGAUAAGCAAGUCUUUAAGCUGGAGAAUCAACUUGCGACGGCAACACAGGAUUAUGAAUACCUCAAUGAUAUGCUCAAACAGGACCUUGUUCGAUUUUUACGCCUUGCUGCAGAAUGGAUUACACCUAUUCAGACCUCCUUUUUCCAUCUACAAUGCUCUGUUAUUGGUGGCAUGUACGGUCGCAUCUAUGAAGUGGUUCAAAGCACUCAGCAUUUCCCUACCAUUGAUCAACCCAUGGAACAAGGAUACAAUUGGCAUGUCAGCCAACGGGAUGUGAAGCAUGAAUUGGAAUCUCUGGAGAUCUUGCAAAAGGGCGUGGGGAGCAUGAAUAGUGUUCUUCGACCCGGCCAAGCAACUCUUCGUGAACGAGCUGCUGCAGCGGCUGCUACUUCUUCCAACGAACCACAAUACAAUACUGAACCAUCACCACCCCAACAGCAACAACAUCCUGAACCAGCCAUUCAGCAAGCAGCAUCUUUUCGUCGUCAACCUCCACCGCCUCCACCACCUCGUUCCAGCAACAAUACCAGCUUUGUCAUAGCCUUGUAUGAUUUAGAUGCUCAACAAGAAGGUGACCUAAGUAUUCGAAAAGAUGACAAGAUUGAAGUUUUGGAGCGAACACAGGAUACCAUGGAUUGGUGGAAAGGUCGCAUUGGUGACCGCGUAGGCAUGUUUCCAGGCAAUUACGUUCAAGAAAUAUAG